UUUGAAGUUCAUCUCUUCCGGUUGUUAUUGUUAUUACCCUGCCGAACCACAUGGCAGCCAGCUGAUUUGUAAUCUUGUAAAUUCCUAGUUAGUCCGUGUGUGUUUUUCGACUGUUUUAGAUACAGUGAUUUCCAAAAAAUGCGUGAAAAUACUCCUCCACGAUCGCCGAUGGAUAACAAUCUUCUGGAGCAUGAAGAAGAUGAGCUUAUUUACGUCGGUGAUGCAGAUGAGGUGCUUGAUGCAUGGGAAGCAGAAGCAAACAUUGGUGAUGAAGACGAAGAAGAAGAAGAAGCGGCAGAAAAUGAUACGGAAACGGUUUCCCUACGAACUCCCGACCGGGAUGAUGCGAAGCUAACAUUCACCAAACACACUGCUACCGUGUUCUGUGGCGACCUUCAUCCAACGGAAGAUCUGGCCGUAACGGGCGGCGAGGACGAUAAGGCGUACGUGUGGAACAUUCGCACCGGCGAGGUACAGUUCGAGGUGACGAAUCAUACCGAUUCGGUGGUGGCUGUUGGAUUUAGCCACGACGGUGUGUAUGUAGCCACCGCCGACAUAUCGGGUUACAUUCAGGUGUUUAAGGUGCAUCAAAACUAUCGCAAAGUGUGGGAGUUCAAUGUGGGUGAUUUGUGCUGGAUGCGAUGGCACAUCGGCGCCUAUGUGCUGCUGGCGGGAUGCGAUUCCGGCGAGGUGUACAUCUGGCGCAUACCGUCCGGUGACUGUAAAGUACUGCCUGGACAGGAUUGCAAAACGGAAACGGCAGAACUGACGCAUGACGGUAAAAAGCUUGCCGUUGGGUACGGCAAUGGACACUUUAAGCUGUGGGAUUUAAAAACGGGCACACCAGUCAUGGAGGUGGAUUCGACCGUUGGACACAAGAUGAACAUAACAACGGUUUCCAUCGAUCAGGAAAAUCAACUCUUUGUAACCGGUGCGGAAGAUGGCAGUUCGUACGUCAUGGGACCGAACGGUGUGCUGGGAAUGUUAAUAGGACCGAGCGAUGCAUUGCUCGAGUCGGUGCUGGUCGAUUAUCCUGGGUUUGAAAUUAAAGUCGCAGCAACCGGUACGCUGCAGGGCAAGGUUACGAUCUGGGACGUGGCAAGACAGACGAAACGGGUCGAGUGUACGGAUGAAGAACCAACCGGUAUUACAAAGAUGCUGUGGUUGAAGGAUUUUACAAUCUGUGCCGGUACGCUUGGUGGAUUGAUCAAGGGCUGGGACUUCCGGAGUGGCGCGAAACGGUUCACGCUCGACGGCCAUACGAACGAUAUUCAGGAUGUUGUGUACGAUAAGCAGCGAAACAUUAUCCUGUCCACAUCGGAAGAUCAUACGGCGAAGAUAUUCGAAGUGCCUGCAAGUCAAUAGACGGUUGAAAGUAAAACAA